CGCAAGGGCCGCGCGAACAUUCAUGUUGAAAUUGUCUUCGUUAAUUGGUGAUUUUUUUCCAUUUUCCUCUAAUUAAACGAUAGUUAAGCCAUGGAAACUCGUCUGGAAGUGCGCCUGUGGGAGCCGAACCCUUUGUUCACCCGCUGGCUGGAGCGCUGGCUGCGGGAGGCGGAGCGCCGGCAGCAAAAGUCGCAGUUCAAGCUGCGUCAGGCGCUGGAAUCCCUGCAAAGUUAUCCGCUGCCUUUAAACAGCGGACGCGACUGCUCGAUUCUGCGCGGAUUUGGGGGCACCCUCUGCCAGAUGAUCGACGAGGAGCUGCGCCAGCACAGGGGCCUCCGAUUGGCGUCCCUUCCGCAGGAGGACACCCUGCAGCAGCAGCAGUACGAGCAGCAGGUGAAGGAGGUGCUCCGCCAGGUGAAGGAGCGCCAGGAGAAGCAGCAGGAGCAACUGGAGCAGCACAGGAAACCCAGGAAGCCGACCAAGAAGGAGCUGGCUGAAUUGGCCGCUUUAGAAGAGCGGGAACGCCAGGUGCUGAUGAAACCGGGCGGAUUCCAGCUGCUCCUCCUCGUGGACACCCAGGAGACGAGUGGCAAGAACAAGCGGGUGCUGGACCAGACCAGGAGCUACCUGGAAUCUUUAGGAGCCCGCCACGAAGUGCGUCGCCUGACCAUCGGCGAUUUCCUCUGGGUGGCCCAGGAUGCGGAGGGCAACGAACUGGUUCUACCCUACAUAAUCGAACGCAAACGCAUGGAUGACUUGGCGGCCAGCAUACGGGAUGGUCGCUUCCACGAGCAGAAGCACCGACUGCAGCAGAGCGGCCUGAGGAACAUCAUCUACCUGGUGGAGGAUUACGGGGACAAUGAGCAGCUGGGAUUGCCUUUGGAGUCCCUCCAGCAGGCUUUGGUCAAUGCUCGGGUGCAAUCUAAUGUACAGGUGGUGCGCACCGAGAAUCACUUCAGAUCCAUGAGCUAUUUGGCCGCCAUGAGUCGCUCCCUAAGUCAGAUAUUCUCUGGGAAAACACUAAAAAGCGUGGAUCGGGAAGAACUCAAUAGAAAAUCCUGCAUUUUAAUGGACUCCCAGCUGGGGCUGCUCAAGUUUCGCGCCCUCUACGAGGAUUCCGCGAAGAAUGCCCAGUUGACAGUACGCGAAGUGUUUGUGCAACAGCUGCUGCAGCUCCACUCACUCUCCCUCGAACGAGCCAUGGCCAUUGUGGAGCGAUAUCCCACGCCACGCUGCCUUUUAGAGGCAUACGAGGAGUGCCUAGAUGAAAAGCAGGCCCGGCUACUCCUCUCCAGCAUCGCCUGCGGUCCCCUGGAACGUCCUCUCGGCGAGAAGAUCAGCCAGUGCCUCCACGAGUUCUACACAUCCACACAUUUUCGCUAGAAC